CCUAUAUUUUGUACCUCGACAAGAGUUGACUCUGUUCUAUUUCUCAGAGUUACCUUACAUUCGCUAAGAGUUACCUUACAUUCAUCCCGUUCUAGAGAACGUCAUGUCGACAGUAAUCUCUUGAAAUCAUUGUGUUAGUGGAAGCUCUUUGACAAAUAAAUAAAGGCGUGCUUCUAAGAAAGAAAUCUGAUACUCAAAAGAAUGACAAUGUCAUAAAUCAACAGUCUCUCAAAAGAUUUGCCGCAAGGUUUUAUCAACGCGUUUCGUAUCCAAAGAAUUAGGAUUUGCAACAAAUCGGAAGUAGAUGGAAUUAUUAAUAUGUUCACAUGUUCCGAAACAGCCAAUGGUCACGAAGAAACAGCAGGAAUAAUGUUUUUGAUUUUCGAUUCUGAGUUUACAUAUUGACAAUGAAAUACCGCAACUAAGUUUCUCUCAAUACCUGUUAACUAUGCCAUCCAGUUCUAAAUUGAAGAAACUCAACUUCCAAAGUAAUGUCGCCAUUUUGUGUUGAGUUAUCGAUUAAAUGUGCACAGCCUCUUGAAGCGUGUAUACAUAGCGACAUUUCACUUCAUGGAGGCGUCUGCAACUGUGCUGUCUGAUCCAUUGGAUCUGUUGGACUCAAUCGGGUUAAAAGAAAUAUUUACUGAAAACUGUCUGGGAGACAAAACUUUGCAUUCUCCAGUAUUUUCACUCAAGUGAAACAACAUUUCAUGUCUAUAUAUGAACAAGAAAUGGCAGUAAAAUUCAGACGUUGUCGUUUUUAUUGUUUGAGUUUCUCUAUCAACUUAAACAUCAACAGACGAAAUGUAGAAUCAUUGUACAGAAACAACACAUCAAUCCAGCUUGAACUUGGUGCUCAUUCAAAGGUUAAUGCCGAGCUCUUGUUCUGCUGAAGCAGCAUGAGACAAGGUAGACAGUCACGUGACAUUUCUGAACUCGAAGAAAUGGCGCGAAACACUUACAAGAAAAGUAAAUACUCUCUAACCAUGGACUCGGGGAACAAUUCAAUCCCACUAAAAUCACUCCCGUCCAGGGGCGUAUCAACAUCGGAACCAGAUGAGUGUGAGCACCCAGUCAUAUCUGGGACGGGGGCGGUUGCUACGUGUUUCUUUCUGAUUGGUUUCUUGAUGUUUCUGGUUGCCUUCGCGUCUAAUGAUUGGCUAGGUCUGGAAAAGGGAAUAACUCUUAGUUUGUGGAGGAAGUGCACUAGAGACUUUGCAUUGAAUGUCUGGCAUUGUCAGCCCUGGCAGAAUGCACCAGACUUUAUUAGAGCAGUCCAAGGAUUCUGUAUAGUUGGAUUGAUCACUUACAUUUUAUCUGUAAUGAUUUUAAUUGCCUACCUAACAAUCCAGUAUCUGCAAAGAUUGAGGGGAGUCCUUAUAGCCUUAUGCUUACUUUUAUUUACUUCCGGCUGCAUGACCUUAAUGGCAUUGGUCGUCAUGGGAAUCAAAGGUCACGAUUACUUCAAAUUGCUCCGGGCAGAUGGUGGUGAAUUAGCUCAUCUCUCUUCUAAGGGUGUAGACACCUCAGGGGUCUUCUACGUGGGCUGGUCAUUCGUUGUUGCCGUCAUUUCCGCCUUCAUUACACUGGCUAGCUUUCUCUUUUGUAUGAUUGAAUUUGUCCAUAUAAACGAGGACGUUGACUAAAGGACAAUUUAGUGUGAGAAAAUGUCAUCCAGUGUAAUGUUCUGAAUGCCAUUGGAAUCAAGGCCGAUAAUGACAUGAAAUAUAUUGAUCUUUGUAUUAGGCACAGAACUUAUUACUCGUAUUCAACUACAACACAUGACUAAUGAUGCCUAUUAUUCAUCUACAACACAUGACUCAUGCCUAUUAUUCAACUACAACUAUACAUGACGAUGCCUAUUGUAGCCUAUUCAAAUACAACUACAACUACCGGUACAACACAUGACUGAUGCCUAUUAUUCAACUACAACUAUAUAUGACGAUGCCUAUGGUAGCCUAUUCAACUACAACUACCUGUACAACACAUGACUGAUGCCUAUUUCUUGAUGAUGUGAUUUACCCAUAUUGCCCUAGGCGAAAACGUCACAGCAGCAGCAGAAGAUAAGAAAGCAUAAUGACGAAGAGAGGAAACUAGAAUGUUGAUAAAAGACAAAUGUUUUAUCUUUAUGGAAUGAAUUCUAUUCACUGCAUGUAUUUUUUGUAUCUGUUUUGAGAGUUGGUCUUAAAACACAGAUAGGUCUAGGGUCUUCAACAAAAGACAGGUCUGUGGUCUUAAACUUAGACAGGUCUGUUCUCUUAAAAUAAAGAUACGUCUAUGGUCUUAAACUAAGAUAGGUCUGUGGUCUUCAACUAAAUGUCACUGAAUGUUAGAGUGUUUAAAUGUGCAAAAGUAUUUCUUAACUGUGCCAAACAUUACAAGUCCAGCGAUUUGUAUUUUUUAUCAGUUCAAGAUUUUUGUAUUGAAUUGUUCAUUUUUUUUUGUUUGAAAAAGUUAUCUUUACAAAGUUGCUCCUUUGUGAUUAUUUUAAAGUACAAUAAUCCUUAUGAAUUGUUGCAUGUGAUUAUAUACAAUAAUCCUUACAAUUUUGUUUCUUGGUGAUGAGUACAGUAAUCCUUACAAAGUUGUGACUAUGUGAUUAAGUACAAACACAUAUUUAACUUGUAUUUAAACCUUAAAGAUCUUACAUCAAGACUUUUGUAAUUUCAAAUAAAGAAAAUGUAUGAUCAAUUGGCCAUAUUGUUGCACAUAUGCGUCAGUUGCAAUUUUACUCAAUUUACCAAAUGAAAGAAGCCACAAUGUUGACCUUCGCAGUUUUUUUGUUUUCUUAAAAAUCUUUUAUUGCUUCCUCGGAUACCAAUAUCAGAGCGCCUCGGACCAAAAGUUAAUUUUGAGUUGAAUGUUUUUAGUGUUGAUAAUGGGCUGACGAAGGCACCGGAAAAACAACAACAACAACACGUUUUUUUCUACAUAUUCCUGUAGUACUCUUUUAUAAUUCAGAAGUGUGAUCUAGAUCUAUGUUUCUUUAUUUGCGACAUACUUUAUAAAUCUACGUGCAGUAGCAAAAGUCUCUAUUAUUCAAACUUGCAAUGUAAGUUUAGUAACCUGUAGCCUCUACAGAAGUUGUUUUUUGUUUUUUUUUAAUUUUCAAUAACAAAUAUGGCUGCCUUGUCGUGUGGUAAGAGUUCUAAACUGUUGUCCAGCUGGUCCAGAGUUCGAACAGCACCCACUGUCAUCCUGAAGGAAGAAGAUCUAUGAGUUAUGAUUAUAGAUACAUUGAGAAUUAGAUCAUACAAUAUGCUACGUUUCUGAAGAAAUGUCUGAAAUGUAGAAAACAAAACAACAGGAAGUAUCUACUGGUUUCUAACUACUGCGCAUGCCUUUGCUUGCAUAACAAUACGUUGCACAAAACUUAUUUCCGAUAGCCUAUACGGCACAGCUAAGAAUCAAGUAUUGAGAUUAUGAUGUGUGGAUUUGUGUAGAUCUAGUAUUCAAGUAAUAAUGACAACGAAAUUAUAAAGUAAAAUCAACAAACAAACUCGACACUAUUUUGUGAAGAGGAAACAAUAUUUAUUCAAUUACAGAAGAAAACAGAAAAGUUAAUAUUCACAUCAGCGUUACAUGGUGGAAAUAAACUUCUAACGAGCGAGAGUCAACAGACCAACAACUUCAACCAACACAGAUAUGUACACAGUGACCAAGGCUAGCGUACACUUGAUGCCGUGUACUGUGGGGGAGAAAGUGUGGUUGAAGCUAACAUAUGGAGUGGAAAGAAUUUUUUGGGGGUGGGGAUAUGGGGAAAAAAAAGGGGGGGGGGUACACUACUAAGCUUGCCUGGUACAAAGAAAUAGUAAAAAGGCAUGACUAUUUAGUAAGUUUAAAAAACACAACGGUAUUCUCUGAAUAUAACUUGAGGGCCAGUGGUGGUGAGGGAAGAAGGGAGAUAAUGAGUGUUAAGUCUUGACUGCAUUGCUAGCAAUAGUUACCCUUGUAUGUACUGCUCUCUAAUUAGUGUAGACAGUCUUUCCUACAACUUUUUCCUCUGAUAAGUUAAAUCAUGUUCAUUGAAGGAACCAACUGUUCACAAAAGCUACACAUUUGAGCUUUGAAUAACAAUAUACAUGUAAACAAUCAGCUUUGACAUGCAACUGUUCACAAAAGCUACACAUUUGAGCUUUGAAUAACAAUAUACAUGUAAACAAUCAGCUUUGACAUGCAACUGUUCACAAAAGCUACACAUUUGAGCUUUGAAUAACAAUAUACAUGUAUACAAUCAGCUUUGACAUGCAACUGUUCACAAAAGCUACACAUUUGAGCUUUGAAUAACAAUAUGCAUGUAUACAAUCAGCUUUGACAUGCAACUGUUCACAAAAGCUACACAUUUGAGCUUGGAAUAAACAAUAUGCAUGUAUACAAUCAGCUUUGACAUGCAACUGUUCACAAAAGCUACACAUUUGAGCUUUGAAUAACAAUAUACAUGUAUACAAUCAGCUUUGACAUGCAACUGUUC